CUCCUGCAACACCAUGCAGACUGUGGUCAAUCACAGUCGCAGGCCGACAUGCCGAGUCUUCCAGAGCGUCACCGAGACACCGCCCAGACUCAAAUUCCUGUUUCAACACCCCAAUGUGCACCUUACCCGACCCACCCUGCGCACGUGACUUGGCGCCGCUGUGGCUGAGUUCGGCUCAGGCCCGGCUCAGCUUCGGCUCAGCUCUCCUCAGGUCUGCUCACCCCUGCUCAGCUUCGGCUCAGUUCUCCUCAGUUUUAGCAAGGGGCCUUAAAUCUGCCCCCGGGUUAUAAAUCAGGGCUCUAUACUGUUUUAUAAGCCUUAUAAGCUUAAGCU